CUCAUUCGAGCCCGAACUCAUCCUUGCUUUUUUGGGCACAUACGUGCUCACACUGCCCUUCCUGGGCCUUUAGCGGCUGGGAAUGCUCUGGCUGAUGAAGUCACCCGUAUGGUAUGUUAUUCUUCCUUAACCCUUACCUCUGCAACACAGGCCUCUCAUGCAGUACACCAUCAGAAUAGCAAUUCAUUACGGCUGCAAUUUGGAAUUUCUCGGGAAGCCACUCGUCAAAUUGUAAAAGCUUGUCCUACUUGUCCACAAUUUUUUGUGCUCCCAACAUAUGGAGUCAAUCCUCGGGGUUUACUCCCCAACGAUUUGUGGCAAAUGGAUGUUACACAUAUUUCUGAUUUUAGAAAAUUGAAAUAUGUGCAUGUUACUAUUGAUACUUUCUCUGGUUUUAUCAUGGCCACACUUCAAUCUGGAGAGGCUAGUAAGCAUUGUAUUCAGCAUUGCUUACGGAGUUUUUCUGCUAUGGGCCUACCUAAAUGCAUCAAAACAGACAAUGGCCCUGGAUAUGUUGGCCGCAAUUUUCAAACCUUCUGUGCCCAGCUGCGCAUCAUACACAAGACUGGAAUCCCAUAUAACCCACAGGGCCAAGAAAUUGUUGAGCGGGCACAUCAAACCCUUCAGCACCAACUGAAAAAAUUAAAAAGGGGGAGUUUGUAUGCUAUUACGCCUAACAAUCUUCUUAGACAUGUUUUGUUUGUUUUAAAUUUUCUGAGCCUCGAUAAAAAUGGAAAAUCAGCAGCUCAACGUUUUUGGCACUAUGAUAAUAAAAAGGCACGGCCAUUAGUCAGGUGGAAAGACCCGCUAGAAGGCAGAUGGCAUGGGCCGGACCCAGUUCUAAUAUGGGGGAGAGGUCAUGUUUGUGUUUUCCCGCAGAAUGCCGAAGCGCCGCGCUGGCUCCCGGAAAGAUAAGUUCCAUGGAAGCCAGUAUCUUCUGGGCGUAUGUUCCUGAUCCCCCUCUUUUACAGCCUGUUGGAUGGGAAAUGAGUUCUGUUCCUGUGUAUGUGAAUGACACAAUACUUUUGGGGGGGGGGUUUCUGAUAAGCAUAUUUUUCCACAGAAUGCCAGUAUUUCUUAUACGGGAUCCUCUUCACAAUUACCAAUGUGCUUUUUCCGAAAUCAUAAUGUUUCAGGUUGUCUCACUGUUACAGAUGUUGGAUAUUCUGAUUACAGCACUGGCUGGAGUGUGGAUAUUCCUGGUGUGACCAAGCUCACAGGGCAUGCACAGCGACGCAACGGAACGGGACCCCAGGAUAUCCCAUUCUGUGGCCUGGGGCAUAAAGGGAAACAUAUAGCGGUGCCAUGGAAACUCUGCCGGAAUGAGACUGCUACGGUGUAUUCUAUUCCUAACAGCACACACUCACUGUGGGACUGGUCGCCAGACUCAGAGAGAAACCCCGGAAAGGAAAGUAACAGACAGUUUGCAGCGAGAAUUUGGAAUCUUGGCGGCACCCUUGUUUAUCAAACUGAGGUCUGGAAGUUGCUGGCCGCUUUUGAAACAAGCGGAUCCUUCAUGCAGACUGGAGAAAAGGUUAAAGGUGGAUUUUUUUGGAAUGCAACCUGGAGAUAUCCUCGGGCUUGUGUACCUUAUUCAUUUAUGAUUAUUGCUGGUUCUGUAAAUCUUACUAAGAAUAAUAGUCAAUAUUAUAUUCAUUGUUUUAAUUGUCCCCUAUCCAAUUGCAUUCGAGGAAUAAGAAAUAAUUCUGGAGUCUUGAUAGUUAAACAACCACCUUUUGUUAUGUUGCCUGUAAAUCUUACUGAGCCGUGGUAUGAAGAGUCUGGGCUUGAACUAUGGGAAAGAGUGCGCACAGCCCUUGCUAGGCCACGAAGGGGGAUAGGAUUAAUAAUUCUAGGAGUAGUAACGCUUAUAACUUUAAUUGCUUCUGCUGUUACUGCUUCUGUAUCUUUAGCUCAAUCUGUGCAAACUGCUAGCAUUGUAGAUGAUUUAGCAAAAAAUACUUCCAAAGCUUUAGGGAUUCAAGAAGAUAUAGAUAGAAAAUUAGAGGAUAGACUAAAUGCGCUUUAUGAUGCAGUAAGAUUUUUGGGAGAAGAAGUGCAAGGGUUAAAGCUAAGAACAAAAAUUAGAUGUCAUGCUAAUUAUCGUUGGAUUUGUGUAACUCCAAAAAUUUAUAAUAAUACUGAGACCCCUUGGAAUAAGAUAAAAUUACAUUUAGAUGGUAUUUGGCAUAAUGAAAACAUUUCCUUAGAUCUAUUACAACUUCAUCAGGAAAUUCUUGAUACAGAAAAUGCUCCUCGGGCUAGUAUGGACUUGGCAGAAAAUGCUGAAGAGUUUGUUAACAGUUUGUUUUCCAAUUUUCCCUCGAUAACCUCACUUUGGCAUCUUUUUUCAGGGGUCGUGGCCAUGCUUCUGGUAUUAGCGCUUUUUGUGUGCAUUACUCCUUGUAUCAUAAAGAAAUUUGUCAAAGAGCUGUGGGACAUCAAGGCUGUCCUACACAGUAAUUACUUACGCCAAAAGAAUCAGGCGUGCCAUUUUACUAAAUAAAAGAGGGGGAGCUGCGGGGAGCGGCUUGAAAGAGCUGACUCUGGGAGCUGCCUUGAUUGAUUAUCAAGGGUCUGUUCGCAGACAUAGCUCUCUGUCCCGCCACCCCUCUGGAAUUUACUAUCCGAGUUAACUCCUAACAGACCAUUAGUGAGCCUUGAAUGCACACAAGGUGCAGAUAGAUGGCUUUGCACGACUGCCCUUAAGAUAAGUAGGAUGCCUUUGGCGCCAUGAGAGAGCUCUGGUGAUUGUUAUCUUAAAGAUGAUGUA